AGAGAGGCCGCAGUGCGACUACAGCAGCAGCAGCUCGAGCAGAUGCUGAGUCCGCAAACAGACGAUGAAGAGCCUCCCUCGGGAAUGAGCGACGAGGAAUUCUCUCAGAUCGCUGGCAUCGCCCCCAGCGCUAGCCCCCGGACCGUGGCUAUGGCUCUCUCAAAGUGGCGGCAGCAAAAUCCCAAGUCUGAGUUGGCUCGUCGGUUACACCGCAAGUGGAUGGAAGUCUUUGAAGAGGGCCUUCUACAGGACCUUACGCGCAGAGAAGAGGCCACCAAAGGGGCUAAAACGUGGAUGGCAUCCUUGCAGCAGAUUGUACUCGGGGGACAGCCCCUCUCUGCUGCAGCAGCCGAUGAUGUACCAGACGCCCCAAGUGAGCUGGACCAGAAAUACGCAGAGUCCCAGGGGCUUCCCGAGGCUUUUCGCACCCUGGCUAUGGAGGUCAGAGAAGAGCAGGAAGCAGCACAGCGGUUGAGUUCACCUGCUAAGUACUUUUUGCCUUUGCUAGCCGUCAGCUCGGUGGUGCAGCGCGCUGCCCUCACAGCCGUUUUUGCAGCUGGUGGAAUAGCUGGUCGGCUGAUGACUGGCAAGCCGCCCCGCCGGUCUGCCCCCUCCCAGGUUGGACUGGUCCCCUGGAUCUCCUUCAGGAGCCAGGCUACUGGGGCUGUUAUUGCCCAAUGGUGGCUCGCUUCUGCUUUAUACCGCUUUCAGUCGCCUGUGCAACGCCCUUGCGACACAGCCUCCGGUUCAGACAGAAGUGGACUGCCCGAGGCUCCAGGUACGUUGCCCCCCGAUGAUCCCCUUCAGGAUGCCUUAAAUGAGGGAGGAGAUGGUGUGGAAGAGGGACCUAUUGUCGUAGAUGGGCGAGAAGGAAAAGAAUGGUUCUACGACGAUCCGGAAUUCCCCACAGCCUUCAGGGAGGAUGACUGA